GUUAUAAGCUGAGACAAACCUUUUAAAGAUGCUUCCGGAAGUAUCACCCAUUGUGUUUCAUGAUUCGCUAGUAAUAGCAACAACGCAUUGUUUACUCUAAACCACAUAUAACAAAGAAAUGUAAAUUUAAAGUAAGCUCAACUUUUCUGCUUUGCCACUAAUUCGCGACAAUAUUAUUUCAUAAUCCGGGUCACAACCUAACGGUUAAUUAUUUGAUCAUAAAACGUCGAACAUUAAAGUAAUGUCUAUGGCGCGGAAUAUGUUUAGCGACGCCGAGGAUAUACGCAGCCGAAAAGUUGUAAUGAUCGAGCCAGACAGUGGUGCAAGAAUAGGCUCGCUAGCUAAUGACUGGAACGGGGAUCCGUCGUGGUUUUGGCCUCCGCCUUUAUAUCAAGCAUAUUGCAAACUCCAUUUCUUAAAAGAGUGUUCUUUAUAUCACUUAUGGGGAAAUGAAUACUUCAAGCUCAAUGUUGAAACGCACACACUAAAAGCAAAGAAGGCCAGCAAGUGGCCCACAGCGCCGACGCGAGUCCAGCCUUCAAGGCGAGCUCGAGAGAAGAAUUUAAAGGAUCAGUCGGGGAUGCCAAUAAGCAGACAGAGCAGUCCAUCACGCAACAGUAAGGCCGACGGGGCAUCCAAUACACUCGAUACUCGUCGCGAGCAACUUCGACUUCAUCUCUCCUGGCCGGUCUACAAGACACAACUAGAAGAUCGAAUAAAACAGGCAUUCGACGCGCUUCGGGGAAAUAAAGACGAGGGUAUCUAUAUAUCUGGGCCCGAUCGUGCCCUUGACAUCGAGCCGUGUUCAGAAUGUCGAUACUGUAGAUUCGAUCCCGUAGUUGUAGACUGCGAAGGUUCUAUACCUAGAAGAUUAGCACCGCCAGCGCCAAUGUAUUCCAUCCUUCCAGACGAUAUAAGCAAAGAGAAAAUAGGCGAAUUUGGUGGUAUAAAGUUCGCAGUCGAUCUAUUCGGCAAUCACGAGGCGAUUAUUUGGUUAGGGAUAGAGAAACUUGAAGAUCUGGUUGGAUGAGGGCGUAGUCGACGACGAUGAGAUGACUAGCUCAAAGAAGGAUCUGCGAACAUGCCGAUUAUACUUUGAACUAAUAAAUCGAAAUAUAGGAAUUCCGUAGCUGCGCUAGAUAAGAAUAGAACACGGAGGGGGUAAAAUCAUGAUACCAGGUUCGUUAUUGGGAUAUGACAUCUACUGCUUUUCUUUAGCUUACUAUGAUAUAGUAUUUGCCACAGAUAUAUAAGUUAUACCUGCGUUUCUGAGGCCGUGGCAAACCGGGCAGAUCGGGUAUGUCU